AUGUUACGCUCAGCUCUCUUCGCCUUCGCGGCGCUUAGCUCUGUUGUGAACGCCGCUGUCACUCCUGUCACUCGUGGUCGCAAAGCCACAACAGGUAAGUUGACAGAACUUGACCAGGUCCUGGUAUACCAGCCUGCGGCCAACUACACAGAUCCGCGCACUCUCUAUGCGCGUACCCUCGAACUCUGCGAUGGUACUCUCCUGGCCACAUGGGAGAACUACUCGCCCGAGCCACCGUUGGUGUACUUCCCCAUCUAUGAGUCUCUGGACCACGGGAAAACCUGGAGUGAAGUCGGAAGAGCCGAGGACCAGGUCUAUGGUUUCGGUCUGCGAUAUCAGCCGUUUCUAUACGAGCUGGAGCAGGCGUUCGGAGACUACCCGGCCGGCACCAUCUUGCUGUCCGGAAGUGCCAUUCCCACAAACCUGAGCGAAACCAACAUUGAGCUCUAUGCUUCGAGGGAUAAGGGCCGCACCUGGGACUUUGUCUCACACAUCGCCCACGGCGGUGUUGCGGUUCCCAACAACGGCGAGACUCCUGUCUGGGAGCCUUUUAUUUACGUCUACGAAGACACCCUGAUUGUCUACUACUCCGACCAGCGCGACGCAAACUAUGGUCAGAAGCUCGUGCACCAGGAGACGACUGACUUGGUCAACUGGUCCGAUGUCAUCGACGAUGUUGCCCACACCCCCUACACUGACCGCCCCGGCAUGCCUACCGUUUCGAAGCUGCCCAACGGCAAGUUCAUCUACACCUAUGAGUGGGGCGGUAAUGAGCUCUCGGAGUCCUACUCCUUCCCAGUGACCUACCGCAUCGCCGACGACCCGCGCAAGUUCAUCGACGCGACCGACAACUACGUCAACGCCUCGGGCACGAUCCCCAGGGGCAGCCCGUAUAACGUGUGGUCGUCGGUCGGAGGAGAGAACGGCAGCAUCAUCGUCAGCUCCGGCACCAACCAGGAGCUCUUCAUCAACCGCGCGCUCGGCGACCCUGACGCCUGGGAGAAGUACGAGAUCUCGCAGCCCACCGCCUACACGCGCAGCCUGCGAGUGCUCGCCGAGGACAACGACUACCUCAUUGUUGCCGGUGGCGGCGUCUUGCCGCCCAGCACCACUAACAAUGUCACUCUUAGUAUAUAUAAGCUCACUGAGCUCUUAGGUCUGUAG